CUGACAAAACGAAAAGCGAAAAAAAGGAACAUGCAACACAGACACAGUUACAGCACAGCCCAUCCAGCCAAAGAGAGGAGAAACUUCUUCAACACAUGUUUACAAGACACGGAGUUCUUCACUGAUCUGACAGAGGUGCAAUCUUCCCGGUCUCCAUUUCUCAAAAGAUUGAAGAAAGGAGACUGACGGUCCCCUUCAAUCCCCUUUCUGACACUCAGUAUGGCAGCGUGGGACCUGUCCAUCACUGUGGAGGACCUUGGGCCUGACGGUCCACCUGUCAGCCUCAGUGUGACCUCUGAGCUCCACGUGGGAGGCGUUAUCCUCAAGCUGGUGGAGAAGACACAGAUGCAACGUGACUGGUCGGACCAUGCCCUGUGGUGGGAGCAGAAGCAGCAAUGGCUGCUGCGUACCUCCUGGACUCUGGAGAAAUACGGCAUUCAUGCCGAUGCCCGUUUGCUCUUUAUCCCUCAGCAUAAACCCUUAAGACUGGGCCUGCCCAACGGCGUCACCCUGAGGCUUCGUGCCUGCUUCUCCAAUCCCGUUUUCCAGACUGUGAUGGGCGUCUGCACUCUGCUCAAUAUCCGUCACCCAGAGGAGCUCUCACUGCUUCGGCCAGUAGAGGAGAAAAAAAAGAAGAAGGAGAAAAAUUCGACAGAGGAGAUUUUUGACCUGACUGCGGUGCCCCUCUCCUCAGCAUCCCGACCCAGUUUGUACAACGGCAUGCCCAUUCAUUUUGCCGGCUCCCCUCAGUUGGAGGCUAUUUACAAGAUGUUGUCAAGCCCCCAGCCUCCUCCAGCCCCUGAAGUCCUAACCAAGCAGUACCGCCCAGCCAGCAUUGUGGACAAGGCCCACAUCAACGGCAGGUGGUUAGAUUCGUCCCGCUGUCUCAUGCAGCAGGGCAUCCAAGAAAAUGACAGACUGUGGCUUCGCUUCAAAUAUUUUGCCUUCUAUGAUAUCGAACCCAAGUAUGAUGUGGUACGUCUGACCCAGCUGUAUGAACAGGCUCGCUGGGCCAUACUGUUGGAGGAUAUUGACUGCACAGAGGAGGAGAUGAUGCUGUUUGGAGCUUUACAGUAUCACAUCAGCAAGGUGUCACUGUCAGAGACUCAGACGAUGAACUCGGCCUCAGCAAUGGACGACCUUGAGUCGGCACUUCAAUCCCUGGAGGUUAAGAUGGAGGGCGAGAGCAGCUCUGCCUCCGAAAUGCUGGACAACAUGACCGCACCAGAACUUCAUGAUUACUUGAAAAUUUUCAGGCCAAAGAGGUUGACUCUGAAGGGAUACAAGCAGCACUGGUUCAAAUUCCAGGACACCUCUAUUUCCUAUUUCAAGAGCAAAGAGGAUAGCAUCGGAGAGCCUAUUCAACAGAUUAACCUCAAAGGCUGUGAAGUGGCACCAGAUGUCAACAUGGCAGCUCAGAAAUUCCUCAUCAGGCUGCUGAUACCUGCUCCUGAGGGAAUGAACGAAGUCUAUCUCCGCUGUGAAAAUGAGGAGCAGUACGCACGGUGGAUGGCUGCAUGUCGCCUGGCCUCCAAAGGCAAAAGCCUGGCAGACAGCAGCUUCCAGAGCGAGAUACGCAGCAUCCGCUCCUUCUUAGCCAUGCAAAACACCAGCUCAAGUUCUCACGGCAACGCUGCCGCGACCGAUGAAAGCAUAAACACACUCAGUUUGGUGUCACCCCGCUACCAUAAAAAGUACAAAACCAAACAGCUGACCCCUCGUAUUCUGGAUGCGUGCCAGAAUGUGGCUCAGCUCUCACUGGUGGAUGCAGUCUUGCGCUUCCUGCAGAUCUGGCAGGCCCUGCCCGACUUUGGCCUCUCAUAUGUCGUAGUCAGGUUCAAAGGAAGCCGUAAAGACGAGGUACUGGGCAUUGCUCCCAACCGUCUUAUCCGCAUCGACCUGGGUGUGGGAGACGUGGUGAAGACCUGGCGGUACAACAACAUGAAGCAGUGGAACGUCAACUGGGACAUUCGACAGGUGGCAAUAGAGUUUGAGGGGAACAUCAACAUCGCCUUCAGCUGUGUGACGGCCGACUGCAAAAUUGUUCACGAGUUCAUCGGGGGCUACAUCUUCAUGUCGACGCGCAGCCGCGACAAGAGUGACAAGCUCAACGAGGAGCUCUUCCACAAGCUGACCGGAGGACACGAGGCGCUCUAGACUCUAAUACACCAAACAAUCUUAAUCAUUUUCGAUUGUAGGCAAAAAAACAUGACAUAUGCAUUUUCAUUCCAGUCUGCCAAAUGUCAAAAGAUAAAAAGCAACAAAGAAAACAUUGCACACCCCUCACGACCAAUGUAUAGUACACUUACCUCAUUGUUACUAGCUCAACACAAAUAGCAAAUGAAUUCCGUGUGAGAAAACAAAUAGAUGUCAACAGCAAAUGUUCACCACUUACACAUUUAAUAAAAUAAAUUGAGCGCAUUUCAUUCUUA